AUGAGUAUGGUGACUCCAGAGUCGAAGAGACGACGCUCUCCAAACCAUAUUUUCCCUGUGCCAAAAGCCGACGAGCACACGAAUGAUCAACUCCAGUUGUACCGCACUCUAACACAUGUCACAAGUCUGCCCUAUGCGUGUCCUCUGUGUCUUCGUGGGUAUAGCCGGUAUGAUAACCUCUACGGGCACUUCAGAAGGACGGAGGAGGCACAACACCGGGCGUUGAAGACCCUGUGGUUCGGUAGCAAAUGCCCAGUUUGCAGCAAACCCACUGACCAUGUCUUGCGACAUGUGGCAAUGCGACAUCCUACGAAUUACCAGAGUUUGAUGAAGCCAACCUUGCGCUUAAAGCACGAAGCGGCCGCCACGAUUCCUACAUCGCCAGGAUGUUUCAAGCAUACGUUCCUUUUCCCUCUGAGACGAACAGACUGUGUUGUCAGCCUACCUCCCACUAAGCAGAAACGGAGGCCACACACACGAGACCACAUCAACGAGACCCGAGAAGACAUUGGACGUGAAAAAACAUCCUUGAAGAAGCGAAAGAUGGAAACUCCUGGUUCAGAACAAGACAAUAUUGGCGUUGGGGAAGGUCGUAUCGAGGGACUGGCUCCUACGCAUGCGGCGGAGCUCCCUUGUCAUCCCACGAUUAUACAUGACCCUCCUACAUUCGUCAACAUGAUCGGUAUGGAACUCAUACAUGUCGACGGAACAGAAUAUACAAGACUAAUAAUUUACAGGCCAAGGGUUCGAUGA